AUGACAGAUUACGCAACACGGCACAAGGUCUACAAAAGCGGCCUCCGGGAAUGGGCGCGAAUGGUCAACAUGUCAGGCCGACUGAGCGGCUCACAGGAUCCAGCAACGCCGCAGCUCAUGCAGCAGCACGCGCACUCAAUCGUGCAGCAGAUGCGCGCCGCCGGUCUGCAGGAGGUGCUCAUCGCGCUCAUGAAACGGCAUCUAACCCAGUUGCAGCAGAGCCAGCAGCAGCGGGCGCAAUUUCGGAAGGAACUCAAUGGCCAAGGUAUGCCUCAACAGCCCCAACAGCCCAACUCCUCCAUCCUCAUUGCGCCUCAGCAACCACAUUUUGGGCAGCCGCCGUGCCAAGCGAUCAUGCCGCCGUCGCAGCUUCAAGUACAGAACGCGGUCAAGAUCGUGCAGAAUUUCAAGGUCCAGAAGCUGAUCCUACUGGACGAGCAGAGUCUGGAAUAUAAUCAAGUGUGUGAGCAGCUCCUCCGCAUUGCCAGCUACCUGGACCCUAAACUGCCGUGGAUCGCUGUCAUUCUGAAGGAUGAGCUCACUCUUCGCAAGCUGGUUGCCAUUAUUCUCCUCGCACAACAGCAGAAGGUUAUAAUUUCCUCUGCAACGCCGAAGUACGAUAUCGACCUCAACACCGUGAAGUCGAUGAUAUCGCAGGCUCAGACUGUUAUCAAGCUGGCCAACACGGACAGCAGUGUAGCGCGCAUAUUGCAUGUAUACGGCUGGAUACGCGAGCGGGACGUUCCUCGAUCAUAG